AUGCCACCCAGAAUCCUAGUCACGUUCAUGCGCAGGGCAUGCGUGAACCCUCCCCUUGGACGAGCCUUGGCCAGCACAGACGCCAGCCGAGGAGCCAUGAGAAAACGCUCCGUGGUGGGAAGCUUCCUAUUCCGACGACUCGAUGACGGGACGCCGCAUGUAGCUCUAUUCAGGCGCAGCGCCAACGUGAAUACAUACCAACACAAAUACGCCGCCGUAUCAGGAGGCAUUGAAGCCGAGGACGCCACCCCUCUGGACGCUGCACUCCGUGAAAUCAACGAAGAGACGCGCCUUACUGCUAAUUCAGUUGAGUACCUGUGCAGUGGUGUGCCGUGGUCCUUCUUCGACGAGUCGCUCAACUACCAGUGGAGCGUGUACCCUUUUGCGUUCUCGUGGCCGGUCGAGGCCGAGGCGCGGGAAGAGCUGACCCUGGGUCCCGAACAUGAAGGGUACGCUUGGUUCAAACCGAACGAGCUGAAGGAGGAGGACCUUUCGGGCGGUAUACUCGAUAGUUUGCGUCGCGUAUGGCCCACGGGUGAUUUGGCCGAUAUCGAUGUGCUGGGGCGGUACUGUCUUGGCGAGGGGGCGACGGAUGCCCGGCGGGAUGCAGACGCUGCGUUUGACGUCUUCAGAGAGACGGUCGGAAAUCUCAAUGCCGAAUCCGAGGGGUGGUGGACACACGUCCGUCUUGCGGCAUGGCACGUCUGGAACUACAGUGAUGAGAGUAUCCGUGCUACCCUGCUGGGUCGUCUCGUGAAUGGUCUGAAGAAGAUCGAGGGCCUUCCAAGGGAACCGGCACUGCAGCAACGGGUCGUCAGCGUGCUGGGGGACGUUGGAGGAGGGGCGUCGACGCAAGAUGCUGAGACCAUAUUUGCUGGUCUUUGGGAAAAGAUAUAG